AUGGCUUUUUUCUGCCACCUGAGAUUUCUAUUUGGUGUGCCGCCAUUGGAUUCUAGUGCAGCUGAAAGUACAAUUAAUCUUGUGAAGAGUAUUUCUUCAUGGAUCCAUAGCAUGGAUCUCAAUGCUCUCAGUGCUUGCUUAGCUGCUGUUGUUUAUUCUUCAGAACAGCCCCCUCUUCGCCCGCUUGGAAGUUCUGCUGGUGAUGGUGCUUCCGUCAUCGUAAAAUCUGUUCUUGAUAGGGCAACAGAGCUUCUAACUGACCAUGAUACUGCUAUAAGUUGCAGCAUACCCAGCUGCAACGUGUGGCAAGCAUCAUUUAAUGCCUUUUUUGGAUUCGUCAAGAAGUACUGUCUUAGUACAUAUGACAGUAUAAUGCAGUCCUUGACAUUGCAGACUCCAAAUGCUGCUGUUAUUGGGUCAGAAGUCACCCAAGCUAUAAUUAGGGAUAUGACUAUGGGCUUGUUACGUUCAGGUCUUCCUCAUAAUAAUGAACAUCAGCGUAAGCUGUUACUUGAUUUUGUUCGGAGAACAAUGGUUGCUACUGGGUACAAUUGUCCUUAG